AUGUCCCGGCGGCCGUCCUCACAGGCUGGGAUGGCGGGCAGACCUAGGAGCAUCUCUGCUUGUGGCAUUGGAAGUGGUUCUGUGGCUGGCUGUGGAGGAGGCUUUUCUGCCGUGUCCAUGUUCGGUUCUGGUUCUGGCUUUGGCGUUUGCUCUGCAAGUUCCCUGGCAGGACUGGGCACUGCUAAUGGGGGAGCCCAGGGAGGGAGCUUUGCAGGCCUGGGGAUGGGAUCUGGGGGCAGCUUAGGCGGUGGUGGCUCUCUGUAUGUGCUCUCAGGCAACGAUGGAGGCCUCUUCUCUGGAUCAGAAAAGGAAACGAUGCAAAAUCUGAAUGACAGAUUGGCUUCCUACCUCAAUAAGGUCCGAGCUCUAGAAGACUCGAACUCGGAGCUAGAAAACAAAAUUCGAGAAUGGUACAAAACACGAGGAUCUGGGGCUGGGGAUUCUGGAUCGCGAAAUGAUUACAGUAAAUACUUCCCACUGAUUGAAGACCUCAGGAAUAAGAUCAUUUCUGCCAGCAUCGGGAAUGCGCAAAUCAUCUUGCAGAUUGACAAUGCCAGGCUGGCUGCCGAGGACUUCAGAAUGAAGUAUGAGAAUGAGCUGGCCCUGCACCAGACUGUGGAGGCUGACAUCAACGGGCUGCGCAGGGUGCUGGAUGAGCUGACCCUGACCAGAGCUGACCUGGAGAUGCAGAUCGAGAAUCUCAAGGAGGAACUGGCCUACCUGAGGAAGAACCAUGAGGAGGUCAGAGUCACUCAUUCCCCUACCCUAGACCCCAAAAUUACAAUUUCAAAUUUGUAA